AUGGCAUCGCAACACUAUUUUUGGGGGCGGUUUGGCAGCAAUGAGGCCUUCAGCCAAAUUCUGCCCCCUGUUGCUACACUGGCUGUCGCCUACUAUAUAGGCCGCGUGAUUUACAAUCUCUACUUUCACCCGCUUUCCAAGUACCCAGCCCCGAAGCUUGCCGCUGCCACCGACAUUUGGUGGGCUUAUGCCAGGUAUGCGUCAUUCCUCACCAUCAUGUACAUCUCAGCAAUUGUUACACUUCUCAAUUCUCGAGAAACGAAUAUCCUGAUCGCGGUUUAUUUUGGCGUACUGCCUUCCAUAGGACUACGGGAAGGUGACAUUGUUCGUAUUGCUCCUAAUGAACUCGUUUUCCUAACGCCCCAGGCAGCAAGAGAUAUAUAUCUAUCGCAAGAGAAGAAUCUCGAGCUGUUUGUACAAGUCGGUUAUGAUGCCUUGGAUACCGGCGACGGUGGAAUAUCAGGAGAGACCAAUCCCGUAAAGCACCGUGGGAUUUCAAAGACAUUUACGCCUGCAUUUAGCACGAGGAAUGUCCUGGUGCUAUUGUGGACGGGGUGUAUAUUCCUAAAGGAGUAG